AUGACGCGGUGCGUGCAGACGUCGCUGCUGUCGUUUCCGACGCUGACGCGCGCGGCGAGGGACGCGGUGCCGUUCGUGGCGAACGAGGACUUGAGGGAGACGGCGAACUAUUGGUGCGAUCGACGGCGGACGACGGAGGAGCUGGAGCGAGAGUUCGGCGAUCGGGUGGAUUUUUCGGCGUGCCCGAUGAGGGAUGAGUUGUGGGAGCGGUACGAACGAAUUGCGGGGCCGCCGGACGCGUGGACGAAGCAUCGAGAGUCGUGCGACUUGUAUUACGUCGCCAAUCGGUGUCGAGCGUUUUUCGAGUGGCUCGAACGCAGACCGGAGCGGAGAAUCGUGGUGAGCACGCACUCGGCGCUGCUGCGUUGCAUGUUUUCGUACGGUCAUCCCGGCGGCGUGCGCGCGGCGCCGGAACAGAUUUUCGAUUCCGGCGGCGUCUUUGGGGGGGACACGUCCAAGGGCGUUCCCGUGGUGAGCUACGGCGACGACGUCGACUUCGCGGCGCGCAUGCGCGAAGACUUCGAUAACUGCGAGUAUCGCACGUGCUUCGUCGAUUUCGCUCCGCGUGCGGUGUAG